CACACUUCCCUCAUCUCUCUCUCUCCCUCUCCCUCUCCUCCUCGGCGCGGCUCGGCGGCGCUCCCCUCGCCUGCGCGGCCGCGCAGCGGUAGGGCGGAGGCGCCGGCGGUGGCUCAGCCGACGGACACCGUGGGUUGGCCCUCUACGACGCCAUCAGCCCGGCUCACCAGCCUCCGCUGACCUCUACCGCUCCACAGACCACAGCAAGGCAGCAAGAGUGAUUGGCACUUUUCAAUGGCAUGUGCUUCAAAGACAAUCUCUAUUGGUUUUGCCAACAGUGGUCUAUAUGGAGAGGCAAGGCUACUGUCGCCAAGCUACAAAAACUACCCAAGGAGAUCCUCUUACAAAUUUAUCAAAGUUCGUGCAGUACAGGGAAAUGAUGGUCGUCGAAGGCUAGUUGAUAUAAUCCGAACCAUCCCUGAACUCUCUAGAAACUAUUUCAGAAGCCGGUCAAGGAGAGCUCUUUUUGGUGGUAUCUCACUUCUGGGAGGCUUUUAUGUGGCGCAGACAAUAUCUCUGUCUUUCGGAGCGUUGGGUGUGAACGAUGUCAUAGCAGCAGUUGUGUGUGUCCUGCUUACUGAAUACGUAACUAAGUUCUACUACAGCCGGCCUAAGGUUACCUUCCCAUUUGCUCUCCUCAACAACUUCAAGAUGGGUUUCACAUAUGGCCUGUUUAUUGAUGCCUUCAAGCUUGCUAGCUGACCUGCAAUUCUUCCUAUUGGUGCUUUGACAUGUUAUGUUCUUGAAUCUUGAAAAACAGCAAAGAUGGUGAAAAAAUAGCAUGCCCCCACGAUGUUAUUACUGAGACGAGGGAUCUAUAGUUCUGUGGCUUUCCUCAGCUUUGUUCUCCUAUGUGAAGGCAGGCUUGUUGCUGGUAUAGUUUUUGAGUUGGUGGAUAGAUUUUCAAAGAUUGGUCCACAUGUGGGUAUACUGUAGUGUGAUGAUAACAACUAUUUAUUUUGAGAUUCAGAUUACAUAUGAUUGAAGCCCGGUGUGUACAUAUGCAAAUUUCAAGCUAUCUGAUCUUGAUCAUCUCAAAAAGGCUGUCUAAUUUUUAAUGGAACUUGGUUCAGAUUUAAGUCCAUUUUGCUGGAAAGACUGUAGCCUUGUGUGAUUUUUUAUGCUAAUUUCCUCGACCCAGUAACUCGACCGAGUUACACCUAAAUGCACUAAGCUUCAUCUGUACUCUUUGAUUUCAUGUAUCGAAGAUGCAAAUAAUACAGUAGCACUUGAUCUGUCCUGUUAA